GAACCAUCCCGGCCUCCCAUUGGUCCAAAGUUCCCCGCGAAAAUUACGUCAGUCGCAGUUUCGCGCCAGAUCUGCAGCACAAGGACGUGAACACCAGAAGAGAUACUGCGACAACAAUGUCUUCUCCAAUGUCGACUCCUGGAGGCCGCAAACGUGGAAGGAGCACCAACCCCUCCACGCCCACCAGCGAGGGCCCCAUCUCGCCUCCCUCUCAAAGGCGCCGGGGUCAGGACUCCUCCACCGGGGACCUCAUGCCGAUGCCCACCUCCCCGGCCACUGACCUGCUCAGUCCCUCUGCACCUCAGGACGCUUCUCUGUUCUCCAGCCCACGACCAUCAGUCUUACCCAAUGACGUGGACAUGAGCUCCCCCCUCAUGUACGGGACCCCCAGCUCCAGGGUGGAAGGGACCCCUCGCAGCGGAGUGCGUGGCACCCCGGCCAGACAGCGUCCUGACCUGGGGUCGGUCAGGAAGGCUCCACAGGUUGAUCUCCAGUCUGAGCCGCCGAGUGCUGACGGUGCAGCCGCCAACGAACCGAACGCCGGCCAGAGACUGGUGAUCUGGGGGACUGACGUCAACGUUGCAAUCUGCAAGGAGAAGUUUCAGAGGUUCCUGCAGAGGUUCAUUGACCCGACUUCCAAGGAAGACGAGAACGCUGGUCUGGAUCUGAACGAGCCGUUGUACAUGCAGAAGCUGGAAGAGAUCAGUGUUGUUGGAGAUCCGGUGCUGAAUGUGAAUUGUCUACAUGUGCAGUCUUUUGAUUCAGAACUUUACAGGCAGCUCAUCUGUUACCCGCAGGAAGUCAUUCCCACUUUCGACAUGGCCGUCAACGAACUUUUCUUUGAGCGUUUCCCAGACUCCAUUUUGGAAUACCAGAUCCAAGUUCGCCCCUACAACGCUCUGAAAACCAGAAACAUGCGGAGCCUGAACCCAGAAGACAUCGAUCAGCUAAUCACCAUCAGCGGCAUGGUGAUCCGCACCUCGCAGCUCAUCCCCGAGAUGCAGGAGGCUUUCUUCCAGUGCCAGGUGUGCGCCUACAGCACCCGCGUGGAGGUGGAUCGCGGGCGCAUCGCUGAGCCGGCUGUGUGUCGCCACUGCAACACCACCCACAGCCUGGCGCUCGUUCACAAUCGCUCCGCCUUUUCAGACAAACAGAUGAUCAAGAUUCAGGAGUCCCCUGAAGACAUGCCAGCCGGUCAGACUCCACACACAACUAUCAUCUACGCUCAUAACGACCUGGUGGACAAAGUGCAGCCAGGAGACCGAAUAAACAUCACUGGUGUCUACAGAGCUGUCCCCAUGCGCGUGCACCCACGCCAGAGCAACGUGAAGUCCGUGUACAAGACCCACAUAGACGCCAUCCACUUCCGCAAGACGGACGAGAAGCGUCUCCACAGUCUGAACGAUGAUGCCGAUCAGAAGCUGUUCACCGAAGUCAGGGUGCAGACGCUGAAGGAGCUGGCGGCCAAGCCGGACGUCUACGAACGCCUCUCUUCUGCACUCGCGCCGAGUAUCUACGAGCACGAGGACAUCAAAAAGGGCAUCUUGCUGCAGCUGUUUGGCGGCACCCGUAAGGACUUCAGUCAGACCGGCCGUGGCCACUUCCGUGCGGAGGUGAACAUCCUGCUCUGCGGAGACCCUGGCACCAGCAAGUCCCAGCUGCUGCAGUACGUCUUCAACCUGGUGCCCCGCGGCCAGUACACGUCAGGAAAGGGCUCCAGCGCCGUGGGUCUCACCGCCUACGUGAUGAAGGACCCGGAGACCCGGCAGCUGGUCCUGCAGACAGGAGCUCUGGUGCUCAGCGACAAUGGCAUCUGCUGCAUCGACGAGUUCGACAAGAUGAGUGACAGCACGCGCUCGGUGCUGCACGAGGUCAUGGAGCAGCAGACCCUCUCUAUUGCCAAGGCUGGAAUCAUUUGCCAGCUGAACGCUCGUACCGCUGUGUUGGCCGCCGCCAACCCGAUUGAAUCUCAGUGGAACCCGAAGAAGACGACCAUCGAGAAUAUCCAACUGCCGCACACGCUGCUGUCCAGAUUCGACCUUAUUUUCUUGAUGCUGGACCCUCAAGACGAGGCGUAUGACCGCAGGCUGGCCCACCACCUGGUGUCGCUGUACUACCAGAGCGAGGAGCAGAUCGAGGAGGAGUACCUCGACAUGACCGUGUUGAAGGACUACAUCGCAUACGCACGAACCAACAUCAAUCCAAGACUGAGUGAAGAAGCCGGCCAGGCCCUCAUUGAGGCCUACGUGGACAUGAGGAAGAUCGGCAGCGGUCGAGGAAUGGUGUCCGCCUACCCCCGACAGCUGGAGUCCCUGAUCCGCUUGGCAGAGGCCCACGCUAAAGUGCGCUUCUCGGAGAAGGUGGAGACGAUCGACGUGGAGGAGGCCAAGCGGCUCCACCGCGAGGCUCUCAAACAGUCAGCAACAGACCCCAGGACAGGUUUUGUUGACAUCUCUAUUCUCACAACAGGUAUGAGCGCCACCGCCCGCAAGCGUAAGGAGGAAGUUGCCCAAGCUCUAAAGAAAAUGAUCCAGGCCAAGGGAAAGAUGCCGGCCAUAAAAUACCAGCAGCUGCUGGAUGACCUCAGAGGACAGUCGGAAACUGCGAUCACGAAGGAGCUGUUCGAUGAGGCGCUCCGGGCGCUGUCUGACGAGGAUUACCUGACAGUUACUGGAAAGACGGUUCGUCUCCUGGCCUGAGACGCACCCUGCACUACACCCUGUACAGUCCCUUAUAAUAAUUAAUAAAUCCUGUCCCGUGUCAACCUCUUUUCUCGUGCUGUUAAAAAAGAAAGUUUGUAUAAUUGAAGCACCGAGUGUUUUCUGGGCUUGUUAGAUGUUUAAAUAGAUUUUUGAGAUGUGAUUCACCAGAUGAGUCAUUCAAGUAAAAAAAAAAUGGGAACAAAAUAAAAACACCCUCACAAUUAAUAGAGCUCAUAUUUAAACGUGCUUUCAUUUCUAAUGUUUUCAUUGAUGCUCUUGAUGUUUUAUUUUCUGACGGUAAAAAAAGCUCUUUCCUUCCAACUUGUACAUUAUCACUGAGUCUCACUUUUGUUUUUGUGAUGUAAUAAAGCUUGAAACAUAUUGUGUUUGUAUCAGAUUUCUAAAAACUCUCAAAGUUCAGUACUUGACUAUUUCCAGUUUUGACUUCUAGCUUGUAUUGACUAUUAGUAGAGAAAAUAAAAUGUUGCUGCCUCAA